GCCUUUUAUAAAUAGAGGGAUCUAUUAUUUAUAUAUAUAUACUGUUAGAAAUCCAAUGGAAGUAAGGUAAUUUCAUUUCAGUAAAUUAGUUAAUUUUAAUUUUAAUUAGUUUGACUUCAACAGUGUACUUAGUAUUAGUUUCAACAUCUGAUAAGAGCAUCACCCAGAUAGGAAAGGCUGAGAAAUAUUAGAGAAAGCACAAAAAAAAUGUCUAAUAAUUUGCAAUCACAAUCACAGGUGACAAUAUCAUCACAAGCAAUUGCUAAUAAGACAGUUAAUUAUAAUGAAGCUCCAUAUAUACACACUUCCUUAGUAGAUGUCACCGACAAAUUACCAGUAAGACCACCAUGUCGUAUCCUUUUUAAAAAUGAAUGGGAACAGCCAUCAGGGAGUUUUAAGCUAAGGGGUAUUGGAUAUUUAAUUCAACAAUCUAUUCUUCAAAUUCUUCAAAAACAAUCAUCAGUAGCUACAACUAAAAAAGAUAUACAAGUCUUCGCAUCAAGUGGUGGUAAUGCAGGCUUAGCAGCUGCAUAUACAGCCUUCUUCUACAAUUUAAAAUGCACAGUUGUCUUACCAACAACAUCUAAAAAGGUUGUUCAAGAUAAAUUACGAGGGUGGGGAGCCGAACUUGUAUUACAUGGUAGAAAUAUAAAUGAAGCUGAUAAGCAUUUGAAGACUAUGUUAGCACAAAUUCAACGAGAAGGUAAUAUUGAGCCUAUCUACUGUCAUCCAUUUGAUAAUCCAUUGAUUUGGGAGGGACAUUCCUCUUUGGUUGAUGAAUUGAUAUCCAAAGUAGAUGAUACUUCAAAGAUCAAAGGUAUCGUCUGCUCAUGCGGCGGUGGCGGUUUAUAUAAUGGAAUUCAUGAAGGGUUAAUGAGACUGGAUAGCAUAAUCAAUUCUAAAGUGUUGCUCCUUGAAACUCAACAAGCUCCAACUUUGUAUGAUAGUUUACAAGCUCAACAGGUCAUUACUUUACCAUCAAACAAAGUGAAUUCAUUGGCUACUUCUUUGGCAUGCAGUAAUACUACUAAUCAGACAUUGAUAAACUAUGCAUCUCACGAUAAGGUAGUGACAGAGUUGGAAUUAAUUGAUGACUUGGAUGCUAUUAAGAGUUGCGUAUCAUACUAUAAUCAAUUCAACACAGUAGUUGAGCCCGCAUGUGGUACUGCUCUCUCAGUUGUUUACAAUAAGAUAGAAUACUUGUAUAAGCAUUUUGGUGAACUCAGCAGGGAUGAUGUUGUCAUCAUUGUUGUUUGUGGUGGAUCAUGUUCAGUCGAAGCUGAUAUCAAUGUAUAUGAUAAGAUGGUCAAGAGGAGUGAAAUCAAGUUGUAAUUUAUAGUUUAUAUAAUUAAGGCAAGACUUCAGUUGUAUGAUAUGUUAGAGAUUUUUUAAUAAAUUGACUGAUUCUAAAAAAACACACUUAUUAUUUAUAUGAUG